AUGCUAGAAGGUGGGGGAGACGAGGACACCAGCCCUCCGAGUACGCCCGCUUUAUCUGAGUAUAACAAGACCCCACCGGCCCGACUGCUGUACAGCCUCUUGCACAGAACGGCUGUGCCCGCGAUCACAGACUCAGAAUGGGACAGCAUGCGGAAAGACUACGCGUUCCUGAAUAUCCGUGACGCCGGAACGUUGCAACUCGCUGCCUUCGCGGCAGCUCACCGGAUGCAAAUGCACGUCAGCGACCGUCGCCUCCGACGCGCAGACCCGCCUUCUCAAGAGGUCCUCAUGGGCGAGUUCAGGUUCAUGCGGAACCAUAUCGGCCCCAUCUGGGAACUCGUCGAGGACUCGGCGCCCGGGAUCCGCGAGUGCGACGGCAUCGCUGCGAUCCAGCCGUUCGUCACGCACGCGUUCUCCUCCUUCGAAACGCUCCUCAACACGAUUGACUGGUACCUGCCUGUAUCACCGGACAACGCCUGCUGCUGCCAGUUCGGUGCUAUCCUGUACGACAUACUCGGAUUCCACUCCCAUUCCUCAGACGGCAUCCGCUAUCUGGUCACACCGUCGCUUGUUGCAGCGCUCGAGCGCGUGUUCAUGCAGCUCGUUGGAACGGAGGACUGGCGUCAAAUGGAGCCGGAGAAUGUAAAUGUGGACCCGUGCAAAUAUCGCCUCCUCGAUCUCACGUCGAAGGUCCCGCCGUGCCGGGCCCCUCCACCGGACGUGUCGUCUGCUGCUGCAGAUCCUCACUCGGAGAAACAGAACGACCAAGCUGCGGAACCCGAGCUCGUAUCCGUCCUUCAUUUCCCUGCGGAUUCCCCCGUGCCAGAGGUGGACGCCGCUGCCACUCCACACGAAAUGUCCACGGCGCCCGACGCAGCGACCGGGACCCGACUGCUCGUCAGUAUGCUAAGAACGGUCGAACCUGCGGGCGCAGAGUCAGAAUGGGACAAACUGUGGGAAAACGACGCGUUCCAGAAGAUCAGUGAUGCCCGAACGUUGCGCCUCGCUGCCUUCGCAGUAGCUUACCGGAUGCAAACGCUCGUCAGUGACCGUGGCCUCCGACGCGCAGACCCGCCUUCUGAAGACGUCCUCACCUGGGAGUUCAAGUUCAUGCGGAAUCAUAUCGGCCCCAUCUGGGAACUCGUCGAGGACUCGGCGCCCAGGAUCCGCGAGUGCGACGGCAUCGCUGCGAUCCAGCCGUUCGUAGCGCACGCGUUCUCCUCCUUCGAAACACUCCUCAACACGAAAGCUGACUCGUCGUUGCCUGUAUCACCGGACAACGCCUGCUCCCACUUCUGCUGUAUCCUGGACAGUAUACUCGAAUUCAACUCUCAUCCCUCAGACGGCAUCCGUCGUCUCGUCACACCGUCGCUCGUUGCAGCGCUCGAGCACGCGUUCACACAGCUCGUUGGAACGGACGACUGGAGUCGAGUGGAGGCUCAUGGUUUCACGCCUGUGCGCAGCCCUGUGGAUUUCCUCGCGGCAGUGGACGCGGCUACCAAGGCUCCACACAAAACGUCCACGGCGCCCGACACAGAUACCAGGACCCAAAUACUCAUCAGCCUUCAAAGAACUGCUGAACCCGCAAACACAGACUCAGAAUGGGACAACCUGUGGAUACGCGGCGCAUUCCAGAAGAUCAGUGACGCCGGAACGUUGCGACUCGCUGCCUUCGCGGCAGUUCACCGGAUGCAAACGCUCGUCAGCGACCGUGGCCUCCGACGCGCAAACCUGUCUUCUCAAGACGUCCUCACCUGGGAGUUCAAGUUCAUGCGGAAUCAUAUCCGCCCCAUCUGGGAACUCGUCGAGGACUCGGUGCCCAGGAUCCGCGAGUGCGACGGCAUCGCUGCGAUCCAGCCGUUCGUCGCACACGCGUUCUCCUCCUUCGAAACGCUCCUCAACACAAUUGAAGGCUGGUCGCUGCCUGUAUCACCGGACGACGCCUGCAGCUGGUUCGCGUUUAUUCUGGAAGACAUGCUCCAAUUCCACUCCCAUUCCUCGGACGCCAUCCGCCGUCUGGUCACACCGUCGCUUGUUGCAGCGCUCGAGCGCGUGUUCAUACAGCUCGUUGGAACGGAGGACUGGUGUCACAUGAACCCGGGGCGUUUCUGGGUGGACAUGUGCAAAUAUCGUCUCCUCGAUCUCACGUUCAAGGUCCCGCCGUGCCGGGCCCCUCCACCGGACGCGUCGUCUUCCGCCGCAGGUCCUCAAUCGGAGAAAAAGAAAGACCAAGCUACGAAACCCGAGCUCGUAUCCGUCCUUCAUUCCCCUGCGGAUUCCCCCGUGGAGGCGGACGCCGCUGCUACUCCACACGAAAUGUCCGUGGCGCCCGACGCAGUUCCAGCCACUUCGCCGGCCGCACCCACGGAUAUACCGCGCGCACCUUAG